AUGGUGUUACCAUGGGGAUCAAGAGGAGGUGCAAGAAAGAGACGUAAUCAACUUACUUCCGGCGAUAUCUCCGUCGUGGCAACCAAGAUUCCGGUUCAACUCCGAUCACCAAGAAUCGAGCGGAUUCAGUCACCGUGCGUGCCGUUGACCACACGUGACGCGGCGGAAAUAUGUCGGAGAUUAGAAAACGCGGUGGCGCGUGAAGACAAUGCCGUGUGUUUCGAGAUCGUGAUUAAAAUCAAGAACUUGGGAAGGGAAGGAGGAGAUACGAACAAGAAAUGUUUGGUCCAAAACGGCGUCGUUUCCGCUUUGGCUUCUUGUUUCGAAAAGUUCGCGGUGGCGCGUGAGGAACACGCGCGUCUGUUGGAGGAAGUUUUGUUUGUUCUGUCUUCUUGGUUACCUCUGAGUCGAACAGAAGGUUUCUCGAAGAUGGGAUCAACGGCUUCGCUUAACCGUCUAGUGCGGUUCUUGAACGCUACAGACGCUAAAACGAGGCAGAACGCUGCGUUUUGCAUCAGAGAGGUUAUUGCAAUAGACAAGAGGUAUGUGUAUGCGUUAACAGAUAUCGAAGGAGCUUGUGAAGGAUUAGUUAUGAUCAUUAAAGACUCUGUUUCGACGAGUUCGACGAAAUCAUCUCUAAUGACGAUUUAUAGAGCGAUUUCUUGCGAUGACAAGAUCGCUGCGAAAUUCGUGAAGUUGGGUUUGGUAGGAUUGAUCACAGAGAUGAUUGUGAACAACGCGGAAAAGAGCGUAUGCGAGAGAUGUCUCAUUGUUCUAAACGUUGUAUGCGACAACGAGCAAGGUAGAGAAGAUGUUCUUAGAAAUGCUUUGAUCGUUCCUCUUCUAGUGAAGAAGAUUCUUCGGGUUUCGGAUCUUGCAACGCAAUGUUCGGUAUCGACUCUUUGGAAGUUAUGGAAGAAGAAUGGAGAAGACGAAGACCGUUUGUUAGUUGAAGCUCUUCAAGUUGGUGCGUUUGAGAAACUUUUAGUGCUUUUACAAGUCGGAUGCGAGGAAAAGACGAAGGAGAGAGCGAGCGAUCUCUUGCGAAAUCUAAACCGUUGUAGAAAUGAUAUCGAGAAGACGAGUUGUGUCGAUUCUUCAAUGCAUUUGAAGAAUGUGAAAAAAUCAUUUUAG